GCCACUUUAAGUUGCAAAAUCAGAAACGGCAAACAAGGCUGUCGGGAGAGGCAUUCAGGAGAGUAACACGCCGGACACACACACGCAGGCAGACACGCGCGCAAACGCCCGGCACACGGCUCCCCACUCGCGCACACGCACACACGCACGGGCACAAGCACACGCGGUCCGGGCGCUACGAGCGCGGAGGAUGUGCAGGCAUAGAGGAAGCCGCGGCGCCGCCGAGGAGGAGGAGGAGGAAAAGGAGGAGGAGGUGGAGGAGGAGGAGGGGAAGGAAGAGGAGGAGGAGGUCGCCGCUCGCCGCCGCCGGGGCUCGGCCGCCGCCGCUCCCUCGGAGGCUGCUGUCGCCGCCGCUGUCGCCGCCGCCGGUGCCGGUGUGGGCUCUCGGGGAGGCGGGAGAUCGAGAGAGGAGCCGCUCGUCGGCGAUCAGAUUUCACCUCUCUCCUCUUCUCCUGCAGGAAUGAAGCGAAAGACACAAGGAGGAAGGGUGGAAAAAAGAAGAAAAGGAAGGAGAAGAGGGAGAUGAAGGGGGGGCACACAACUAAUAGAAUAUGCAAGAAAGGGAAGGGGGGAAGAGAGGGAGAGAGGGGGAGAGAGGGAGAGAGAGAGACCCAAAAAAUGAAUGCGUUUAAACGGGAAGCCUAGCAGAGCAAUGUUUCCGAAAGGGGGAAUCUGCGCGAAUGUCUGUAUAUAGUGAACUUUGACACUACUAUUGAAACUGACACGUUUCUAUGGAGAUCGCUGCCUUAUAUGGAGCUCGUGUCAAGGAGCCAAGAGAAGGGCUGCUGGCAACUGAUAAUCAAAGGCGACUGACUGGUCAGAGCCCUGAACUGGGGGGAGAGAAAAUGGGAGGCUAAGGUUAGCCAAACCUCCUUCACUCCAUUGGUUACCCCCCUCCUCGCUUCCCUUCCCCGCCCCUUUUUCCUCUCUUUUUUCUUCUUUUCUUUUCUUUUCUUUUCUUUUUUUUU